UUCGCGAACGAAUGUUUAGUUUAAACAACCUAUUAGUACAGUGACAGCAAGUCAGUGAUCCCUAUUUAGUCAAUAUGAUCGAUCAACAAGAAUUGAAUUGUUAUUACGAUUUCGUUUUGAAGCUUACCAUCGAAUCUGGGAAGGUAAUUCGGGAUGCGAUUGAAGGAUGCAAAAAUAUCGAAACUAAAGCUGGAGAUUGGGAUUUAGUAACUCAAUUUGACAAGAAAGUUGAAGAAAUUUUAAUAUAUAGCUUGGCCAAAGAGUUUCCUACACACAAAUUUAUUGCUGAAGAAACAGUUUCGUCCACAAAUUAUUUACCAGAAUUAACAGACGAUCCUACGUGGAUCAUUGACCCGAUUGAUGGAACCACAAAUUUUGUACACUCCUUUCCUUUCACUUGUAUAUCGAUUGGACUGGCAGUAAAAAAAGAACUAGAAAUUGGUAUUGUUUAUAAUCCUGUAUUAGAACAAUUAUUCACAGCUAAGAGAGGACGUGGAGCCUACUUAAAUGGGAAGCUUAUUAAAAGCUCUAGUAUAGAAAAACUGGAGCAUUCCUUACUUUGUUUAGAGGUUUCUUAUGCAACAAUCGAGAAUAUCAGGGACAUUACUCUUGGCAGAGUGGAAGCUUUCGUUUCGGUAGCACAUGGGAUACGAACAAUAGGAUCAGCGGCAUUGAGUCUGUGUUAUGUAGCAAUGGGUGCAGCAGAAGGGUACCACACCGACAAUUUGAUGCCAUGGGAUGUAGCUGCUGGUGUACUUAUCAUUCGAGAAUCGGGAGGUGUAGUAAUAGAUACAAAUGGAGGAGAAUUCAAUAUCAUGGCACCAAGAGUAUUAGCAGCCGGUAAUCAUAAGUUGGUCAAUGAAUUGGUAAAAUUAAUAAAAGAAGCCGAUACAAAAACGUUGGGGAAGAAGUUUAGAAACGAAAUAAAAAAUAUAAAUAUAACUACUUGUUAAAAAUUCUAAUAAAUUUCAUUUUACUUCGUAAUUCUCUCGAUUAAAAUGUCGACUAAGAAUAACUGAGAUUUAGAAGCGAACAUGUAUUAAGUUUUAGAAUAUAUUAGUAAUUUUACCAACCAAAAUACAAAAUUUAAAUUAACAAUAGGAUAAUGUAAUAUGCCUAAGUAAUUUCAUUCAAAUUAGUUGUAUGCGUACGAUCCUAUGAUAUACCAAUUGUAGCCCAAAAUUAUAUUUUUAAAUAAUUUCGUAAAUCUUUUUGAUAUGAGUUAAGUAUAAUAGAUUUAUAACGGGCCUAUAUUUUUAAUGUAAAGAGGUGUCAAAUUAGAAUACAAAACAAUUGACA